UGAUAGUUCACCACGCUUCUGGAACAAAUCCCUACUCCGUCCCAGCUGUAAUGUUAAUUGCAAGAAUCCUGAAAGCGUUGCUUGCGGAGGAAAUUACACAGGCGAAUCUUACGUGUCUUUGUAUAGGACCAACCCAAACGUAACACGACAGAAACCGACUGACAACUCAAAAGACAAAGAAAGGUGUCUCGAGUUUAUACCACCGAAAAGAGAUUUUCACUGGAAACGUUGCAAUGAGAAAAAAAAAUGUCAUGUGUGAAGAUGGCCAAUUUUUACGUGAUGUCAAGAAAAGACGAUGGUUAAGUGCCGCACAGUUAUGCUUAACAUAUGAAAGAUAUCCAAUGUCAUAUUCAAACGAAUUAGAUAUACGACACGGUCCUACAGCAUGGACAGGUGUUUUUAAAAUGGACAUCAUUUACACGAAAGAUGAAGAUGAGACCGAAGGUGCCUGGAAAGGAUAUCUUGAAAAAGGAAAGGAUGACGAAUAUUUUCUUCGCUUCACCGAUGUCAUUUCCGACAAGAGAGUAUUAUGUGAAAAUGAGACUACAGACACAACUACAUGGAGAGAAGACCAAUAUAUCCAGACUACGCAGCUAUCACCGGACACAAGGACGACAGACUCAACUACAUUGAGAGAAGACCAAUAUAUCAAGACUUCGCAGCCGCCACCGGAUACAAAGGUGACAGACACAACUAAAUCGAGAGAUGACCAACAAAUCCAAACUACGCAGCCAUCACCAGAUUCAGAGACGACAGACACAACUAAAUCGAGAAAUGACCAACAAAUCCAGACUAUACAGCCAUCACCGGAUACAAAUAAAGACACUGCUGCCAUCGUUUCUAUCAUUGUGGUGCUGGUCAUAAUAGCUAACGUGAUAGCUGUUGUCCUCAUACACAGAAGGUGCAAGUCUUCACUACGACUAGACAAUAGGCCAAAAACAGAAACAGUGGCCGAAUAUGAAUACAACUAUCCGGAAUUCACAAACAAAAGCACAAAUGCAGAAGCGAACACACCGGGCGAUGUUCUUUACAACUAUCCCGACUUUACGUUACAAGAUGCAAGCAACACAGGAAAAAUUAGAAUCGGAUUAAACACAUAUGAUGACAGUAAUAUAGAUGGUACCUAUAACAAAACAAACACUGGAAUGAAGGGUUACUCUAGUACAUAUGCAAAUGAAGACUGUGAAUGUAAUGAUGAACAAGCAGAGCGUGUUUAUAACCAGCUUCAAAAUGAUGACUACAACGUCCUUGGCACACGACAGAAAAUGGUACCAGAUAAAACUUACGACCAAGCUAUCGAAGUACAGAAAAGUGGAACAAGCGCAUCAGACGAUAACACGUAUGACUCAAGCAUGUCAUCUGGUGUAAAGCUAAAGAAAAAUGUCGGUGGGGUUACAGAUAAUGUUUAUAAUAAAGGAAAUGAGAUCUACAACAGAAUUGGCGAAGAAACAGAAAAAAGGGGUGGUAAAAGUGAUAACAUAUAUGGAACUAAGCAAAUGGAAAAAUGUAAAUAUAUGAAACCGGCUUCUGAUACUGAUUCUCAAACUUACAAUAGCACGUCUGAAAUCAGUGAAACAUGGGGUUUAACUGACAACCCAUAUUCAAAACUUGAUACUGAACAUAAAGAUAAAUGACAAGUGAAAAGCAAACUUUGUUGAGCCAUAUUUUUCACAAAUCGUAAUCUUCAGUUCACUGGUCCGAUGGUGGAUAAAGAAUACUGUGUCUCAUUUGAGACACGUUUACCCAAAGUAUAUAUUUUGGUCAAAAAUGUCAGGAUAAUUUAUCAAUUUAUUAAAAAUUUAAUAGCGACCUAUGUAUUCCUAUUUUUUACAUAAUUGUGACAACAAGUUUCAGUUUAACAAUUGCUUGAAUGACGACUUAGUAUUAUUAUCACACAAAUUUGAUAUAAUUACGACUAGAUAAUUCACGCACAAAUGUAUAGCGGUUUGUCUGGUGAAAGUGAUUGGUUUUGGCGGUCUGGAUCUUAUUUUCAGUGAUGUUUGUUUGGAUCAUCGACGUGUAAAUUUUGCCAAUAUCUGUACAGUGUAAAUAGACUUAUUUAUCAAUUAUUUAUCUAUUUUUAACAAUACACAAAAUUUGAAUGUUUUGGCAUUAGCAUAAUACCAUACAGUUACUUCAUUUCAGCAGUAUGAAAAUUAUUCAAAUAAUUAAUUCAUGUCUGCAAUACAUCAAUACAACAUAAAUACCUAUACAAAAUGUCAGAAGAUUUUCAGUGUAUUUAUAUCAUUUCAAAUCAAAAGUCAUAAGUACUGUAAAUAAUGCUCCAUUUAUCAUCGUCUGAGUGUAUGAUUUGAAAAUCAUUGUUAUGUUAAGUGAUUCCCGUAUAUCUGAAAUGCUGUACAAACUUUGCCCCACCCCUCACCCCCACCCCUCUCCCCCGCCCCCUCUUCUCUUCAUGUCGUAGGGUGCAUUUGUACAUUUUGGUCCCUGUUAGCAUCUUUAUGUUUAAUAGGUCUUUUUGUGAAAAGUAUAUUCCAACAUGUUAAUUGUCAGUCUCCGUAUUCUAAAAGAACCCGUUUUAUAGCAGGAAUAGUGUAUUCUAAAUAGUUUAAUUAGUAAAAUAUGUAGUCGUAUUUAGAGCCUUAGAUAACUACUCCGUCACUUAUCCCAUUUUGUUCGAUUAACUUUUGCACUCGUCAAUAACCAAUCACACCACUCUCCGCUUUCUCCGCCAUCAUUCAAAACGUAAACAAUGCCAUUUUGUGCCCCAUCAAAUGAAAUCCAUUAUUUGUGAUUGUAUAUUUAUAUAACUACAGGUAAACAUGUGUUAUAGUUACCUUUAUAUGUGUUUCAUUGAAUUGUAUUGGUCGAUUGAUGUAAUUGUAUGUAUUUUGUUCAUUAUUGAUUAGAUUUGUGUGUACGAAUACGUAUAUAUAAUUACAGGAUCAUAUCAUACAGGAUCGUAUCUGUUUCAUCCUUACUACCAACCCCAAGGUCCCAAAUACAACCCAAAGCUCUACCGAACCCAUAAAAGCUAGUACGGCGACAUUGACAUUUCUAAUUUUCAAAACUUAAUACAUAAGAAAACUUUAUCAAAAAAAAUAUAAUCUGUACAGUCAAAUUUCUGGAAUUCCAAACUUGUAUAAGGCUUUUUUACUUUAUAUAUAGCAUCAUUAUCUGUACUGUAGGCGUGCGAACUGCAAGUAUUUUCAUUUGAUUUCCAUGAAAGGAGGUGUUUCUUUGAAUAUCACCAAUAAAACUUCCAAAAGUUUUAUCUUUGUUUAUUUUAGCACCAGAUGUUUUUGUAAAAUGAUAAAUCUUUUUAAAAAAUGCA